CGGCAGUAGCAGUAGGGGAAGAUGGCGGUGUUCACCCGCUCCGGUUCUUUGGCAGCAUAUCUCCAGGCUUCUCAUUCGCCUGUAUCCGCUCCACUUCGCGCUCUGGUCCCCGGGAUCGCGCUUGGUACCGACAAGCGGCUGCUGCUGGAUGUAAAGAAGCCGUUUUUGUGCCGGGAGUCUCUGAAUGGGCUCAGUCCUAAAACUGCUCACCCUGUGUCCUGCUGUUUAAGCGUUCGUGCCAGCGUGCGUUUUGCCCACACAGACAUCCGGGUUCCUGAUUUCUCUGAUUAUCGUCGUUCUGAGGUGCUGGACCCGAAGCAGCCAUCGCAGGAGAGCGGUGAUGCCAGGCGUGCAUUCUCCUACCUGAUUACGGGCUCCACGGCGGUGAUGGGGGUCUACGCCGCUAAAACAGCCGUCACUCAAUUCAUCUCCUCCAUGAGCGCCUCGGCCGACGUAUUGGCUCUGUCCAAAAUCGAGAUCAAGCUGUCCGAUAUUCCAGAGGGGAAAAACAUGACAUUUAAAUGGAGGGGGAAGCCAUUGUUUGUACGUCACCGUACAGAGAAGGAGAUCACUGCUGAAGCAGAAGUAGAUCUGUCUCAGUUACGUGAUCCCCAGCACGACCGUGAUCGGGUGGUUAAUCCUUCCUGGGUCAUUGUGAUCGGAGUGUGCACCCACCUGGGCUGCGUACCCAUCGCCAAUGCGGGCGAUUUUGGAGGGUACUACUGCCCCUGCCACGGAUCGCACUACGAUGCCUCCGGUCGUAUCCGUAAAGGUCCCGCUCCGUUAAACCUGGAGGUUCCUUAUUAUGAAUUUUCUGAUGAGGAAACCGUGGUGGUUGGUUGAAGAACUGAACGUGCAGAAUCACUUGCUUUAUCAUUGUUGGUGAAACGGGUGAUUAUGAUUGGCAGAAAUAAAAUAUAUAUUUAUUCUA